GGAGAACCCAUCUCAAUCAUCUACAAACGACUUCCAAAGCAUACAUAACUUCAAUCGCACCCUAUCAAAUUCCGCAAAACAUCAAUCGCCUCGCAUUAUUUCCUUUGAAGGCUACCCUACCUGGCUAGCGCGGCAAAUACCGUCGAAUGACAACGCUCCACACCCGUACACAUGCAGCCCUAGGCCGACCGCCCAAUCUAAUAAUGCAGGACACACUUGCAAGCCCCGACCCCAGAGUCACGGCAUCUCCCACGUGGGGCAUCGAGGCCGUUACGCCGGCCACUCUGCAGGAAGCCUCCGUCUUCGUCAAUGCAUCGCGGCGCACUUUGUUUCCCUCGCUAGGCUCAGACGCCUUGCUGGACCAUCCCACAGUGCUGGAGACGAGCUGCGUGCUCGUAGCACGCGCUGCGAAUCUGACUACCACUGGAAAUAAUGGGCACAUAGUUGCUGCUAUCGCGUACAUACCGUUUGACUAUCGCUUUCCACAGCUGCCUCCACCCAUAGGGUCCUUCUCUACUCCGCCAUCGACUGCCAACUCCUCCACAUCAUCACUCAACACACCUGUUCACUAUUUCGAAAAGCCAUGCAGGAUCGUCGAAGUCCUCCGUCUAUUUGUCCUACCCCAGUACCGACGGCAUGGCCUCGCGGCGUCCCUCUUUCGGUCCCUUCAAGACCACGCGGUAGCAUCUAGAGUACAGUGCAUGUAUCUGCACACACAUCCUUUCUUACCUGGUGCCAUCCGUUUCUGGGAGAAGCAAGGCUUUGACAUCGUAGGCGUAGAUGAGGAGGACGAGGUAUGGCAAACGCAUCACAUGCAGAUGAUGCUUGAGCCGGCCGAAACAAGAACACAGCACCAAGAGACCCCAAGUAGAGCAGGAGAUUAAUUAGAAAUCUUGUUAUACUCAAAUUAUGCAAAGUUGGUGUCUAUCUUGCUAUCGUGGUGUUGUAGACUACUCGUCAGCCGUGUUGUGCAAUAGCCAUAUCCUCAUAGACUAGAGACUAUCUUCACAUGUGCCUCUCCACUCGUCCAAUCCUUGGAGGUGUCUCAUCCAUCACAUCGCCCU